AAGGUCGCACGCAUCGCUCGAUAUGGCUCGAUGCGCCGCCAUUUUCACUCCCUAGUUCGACUUGACAUCUUGUCGAUUCGAUGUGAUAUCGUGCCUCGAUUAUUUACUAAGUUAGCGGGAAAUUGAUCUUUAAUCGUUAAUCGAUAUGAAGAGAACAUCGUCGCUAGUUUGGCGGUUUUUUGACCGCAUUGAAGAGGAUAAACGGUGUGUGUCAGUGUUGUGCAAAUUGUGUGAUACGCAAUACAAAUACUUCGGAAACACGACUAACCUAAGAACUCAUUUAGUGAGUAAACAUCCGAUACAGUGGGAAUUGUUGCAAAACGGCAGCCUCGAUGAGUCGACAUUCCGUGCAGCUUUCGAUCCCGACGAGACCACUAGUCAGACCAACUCAUCUAAGAAGAAGAAAUAUGGUAGAAGCUUCAUAGAGGAAGUACGUUAUUCCGUGUCAGUUGACCUUAAUAAUGAAGAAAACAAUACAACAGAGAACAAAAUGCCCAUAAUAUCAAUUCAAAGGGUUAAUGCACUGGAUGAAUCUGACGAUGACCACAAUCAGACUCAUGAAGAGGACCUAAAUGUUGUUCACAUCGAAGCCCAGGGUUCCGAUGAGGAAUGGUUGAACGAGGAACUUUAUGAAACAGUAGAAGCGUACGAACCCAGACAGAAGAAGAUGAAGUUUAAAAAAAUAAAACAAGAAAUCACCUCACCAAAAGUAUCUAGUUACUAUGUAAAAACACCAAAAGUGAAAUACCAAAGAAGCCCGCAAAUUAUGUUAGAGAGUCCAAAAAAGGAUGAAUUCAGCGUGUUCGGGGAAUAUAUUGCUAAUAAGUUGAGAAAAUUAAAAAAUCCUAACAGUCGAGCGAAUGUGCAACAGCUCAUGACCACCAUACUCUGGGGAGCCGAGUAUGGUAUGUAUGAAAAUAUGGAAACGGUGAAACGUGUUAUACUUCAUUCACUUAAUGAAAUGCCCGUCCAGGAGCUGGAAGUCAUACAAUCAGACCAAAUUAUAGUUCAACAAGAGACAUCAAAAGGUGAAGAAAUAGAUUAAUUUUAAAUACCAAAGAUAAGCUGUAUAAUAUAAGGAUUUUAUUUUAUUUGACACAAAUUCAAGGUAAACGGAUAAUGAUCAUGUAUAAAUGUUUUGAAUGAAAGCAUUGGAAUAACUUUUUGUUGUCUAUGGUAUAUUUAUAAUGUUACAAAGAGUUAAUAAUUAGAAACCAAAAGCAAUAUUUAACUAAGUGUCAAAUCUUAUUGUAGCAGAUUCCUCCACACUACUCAAACAUUACAUAUUUUACUAGAUGACGCCCGCAAUUCCGUUGCGCCAAAA